AUGUUUAAAAGAAAAGGAAUAAAGUUUCCUCUCCCUUCCUACGCGACCCGAGUAACGCAGUUACGAUCAUCAUGGCGUAAAAGGAAAUAUUUAAACGAUAUUUCUAACUUAGAUUUGGAAGUGAAGAAGCUGAAGAAGCGAUUGAAACGAAAACGGCAUGCUUCCACCAGCAGCGAGGACGGCAUUUUGACCCCGACGGUUGACUUUAUUCGGCACGUGGAGAGGCCUUCUCCUUUACCUUACCAACAGGCUGUCGCGGCCGUUGACGUUGAGGGGAGCAGCGACGGAGUUUGCGACGACUUUGAAGCAGACAAUGGCGUCUUUGUUUCCUCGCCAGCUCAUGUUCCUGAUUGCGAUACCGGACAAGAUCCCAUUGCGUUGAGACCCCAGGCGGGAAUUACCGUCCAACACAUAGUCGCAGAGUCCAGAAUCAAUCAUCGUUCAACAAGUUUCAACGAUCCAAAAAGGGGCCAGUGUCAAGGCGACAUCUUUAAAUGCUAUAUCUAUAGAUCCAGGAAAUAUAAUGACUGCUACAGAAGAUCUUUGGAAAAUCCUGAAGAAUUUUGGGGCGAAAUUGGAAGACAACUGGUCUGGACUAAACCUUGGAGGAAAGUAAUGGAUAAUUCCAAUGAACCGUUUACUAAAUGGUUUGUUGGAGGUGAACUGAACGCUUGUUAUAAUGCUGUUGACCGUCAUGUAGAAAAUGGAAAAGGGCAGAAAGUUGCGCUUAUUCACGAGAGCCCACUGACGUUUUCCGAAACUAGAGUUACGUACGCCGAACUUCUAGAUAAGGUUUCCCGAUUGGCUGGUGCUCUUAGCAAACUUGGAGUACGCAAAGGAGACAGGGUUGUAAUAUACAUGCCAAUUAUCUGUGAAACUGUUAUUGCUAUUUUGGCAGUAGUUCGGCUAGGUGCUGUUCACACCCUUGUAUUUGGAGGUUUUGCGGGUGCACAGCUUGCUUGUAAACUAGAACACGUACGCCCAAAGGUGAUUAUAGCUGCAAACUGUGGCAUGGAACCAAACAAAGUAAUAAAUUAUAAGGAGAUGCUUAAUGCAGCCAUUAGGAUGAGCUCGUUUAAGCCUGCGAAAUGCAUCAUAUUUGAAAGGCGGGAUAUACAAAAUGUUAUAUUAGAUAACGAUCUAGAUAUUUUGUGGGAGGCAGCUCUAAGUGGUAGCGAGCCCCAUCCAUGUGUAGCAGUGGAAUCAAAUGAUCCCCUGUACAUUUUAUAUACGUCAGGAACAACGGGUGAACCAAAAGGAGUACAGAGGCCUGUUGGAGGUCAUUUGGUAGCACUAACGUGGACAAUGAGGAAUACGUACGGAAUGGAGAGUGACGACGUUUGGUGGACGACUAGUGAUUUCGGGUGGGUGGUGGGUCAUUCAUAUAUGUGUUACGCACCUCUGUUAUGCGGCAUGACAAGUAUUUUGUACGAAGGAAAACCGGAUCGAACUCCUGAUGCCGCUCAAUACUUUCGUAUUGUAGAGAAAUAUCGUGUAAGUGGACUAUUCACGGUUCCAACAGCUUUAAGAGUCAUCAAAAGAGAGGACCCAUACUCCAAUAUUGGGCGCAGGUAUGAUACCAGUAGUUUAAGGCAGUUAUUCGUAGCUGGUGAACAUCUUGACCACGAAACCCGACUUUGGGCCCAACAUUCAUUUAGAGUCCCAGUAUUAAACCACUGGUGGCAAACAGAAACUGGCCAUCCUAUUACGGCAACAUGCGUGGGUCUUGACCAUUGCUUAAAUCCGCCUAAAUUAUCUGUAGGUUUACCACUUCCAGGCUACGACGUACGAGUGGUCGCAGACCAUGGCACUGAGGCAAAACCUUACGAAAUGGGGCGAAUAGUGAUAAAACUUCCUCUACCACCGGGAGUGAUGAGCACGCUAUACAAGGCAUCAAUGACGUUUUACGAUUUAUACUUUAGGCAAUUUCCUGGAUUCUACGACACUAUGGAUGCUGGUUUCAUUGAUGAGUUUGGAUUUGUGUACAUAACUGCGCGCGAAGAUGAUGUAAUUAAUGUCGCUGGUCAUCGAAUUUCAACAGCAGCAAUUGAAGAUGUAGUUAUGAGUCACUCUGAUGUAACAGACGCUGCAGUUGUAGGUGUAUCGGAACCUAUAAAAGGGCAAAUACCAAUUUGCUUUUUUGUUUUGAGAAAAGAUUCGGAUAAAUGUGAAAAAGCAGUCGGAGAUGAGCUGGUUACUAAAGUUCGUGGAACUAUUGGUCCAGUCGUUGAUUUAAAGCUAACAGCGGCGGUAAAAGAUCUACCGCGGACAAGAUCUGGGAAAACCUGCAGAAAGAUCAUUUCGAAAUUGGUAAAUAAACAAUUACUCACAGUAUGUAUUUCUUGGAUAACAAAAUAUCUCCCUAUUGUGUUUUUAGGUCCCUGA